CUCUCUCUCAAAACCAUCAAACUACUUCAUGUAUAAGAUUUUUCUUUGACUAUUAAACUAUAAUGUAAUUCUUUGCUUGCAAAGAAGUGAUUCUAAACAAAGUAAGUUUUAACUUUUCCAAAAGCACUCUGUCUCUUCUAGAAAAAAGCACCAAAAUGUAAUCUUUAAUCAAUUCCUUUUCACACACAUAAUUAAUUAGCCAUGGAGUUUCUGCCAAUAAACCCUUCACCAAUUCCAAAACCAAACCAUGAAGAAUGAGAAGAAGAAGAAGACCUCUCUCUCUUCUUUCUCUCUUCCUCUCUCUAAAAGGUCAAAAACAUGGACUCUUCACGGCUUCUUCUUGUGCCCUCAAUUUUCUUGAUGGUGAUUUCUGCAUUAAAUUUCCCAGAAAUUAUUGCAGCAGAAAUUCAAAAUUCAUCUAUUACUUUUCUUCCAGAUUUCUCAAGUAGAAAUUUUGUUGAAACAAACAAUUUGUCACAACCCAUGAGACAAAAAGAUGAUACAGAAAGAGUGGAUCCUUUUGACGAUUUAAAGAAAUACAGAGGAGGUUUUAACAUCACCAACAAGCAUUAUUGGAGUUCAACUGCAUUUACAGGGAUUUAUGGGUAUGCAAUUGGGGCAUUAUGGCUAUUGGGUGGAAUUAUAUAUGCAGGAUUUGUGCUUGCAGAGAUUUUCUUUCGCAAGAAAAGAAAGCUGAAGAAGAAGAAGAAGAAAAGGGCAGUUUGCUAUAACAACUGUUACUUUUGGCCCAUCAUCCUGGCUUCACUCUUCACAAUUUUAGUAAUAGUUGCAACAGGGCUAGUUCUAGGAGGAAAUGAAAAAUUCAAUUCAAGAGCAAGCAAAAUCGUGGAGAUUGUCAUGAACACAGCAAAUGAAGCAUCAGAAACUCUGUAUAACACAACUGAAGCAAUGAAUGAAAUGGAGAAUAGUAACUUGCAAGUAUCAGCUGAAACCAACGACAUUUCUCUCUUUCUGUCUUCAACUUCUCAGAAACUUGAAGAUGAAGCCGCAGUUAUCCAAAGGCAGGCCGCCAAGAACAGACGCCUCAUCCAGAAGGGCCUCAAGAUUGUAUAUGCAGUAACCACAGUAACUGUUUCCCUGAAUCUGGUUGCAUCGAUUGCUCUAUCAAUUUCUGGAUUUUUCAAGUUACAGAAGGCUCUUAACCUGCUAAUUACACUGUGCUGGAUCUUGACAUUUCUGUGCUGGGUGCUCUUUGGAGUGUACUUUUUCCUGGAAAAGUUCUCAAGUGAUACUUGUACAGCUCUAGAAAACUUCCAAGAAAAUCCCAAUAACAACAGCCUGAGUUCAAUCCUUCCCUGUGAUGAACUGCGCUCGGCCGAAUCUAUUCUUUUUGACUUCAGCACAGGAGUCUACAAUGUUGUAAACCAGGUGAAUGAAAACAUAUCAGUAUCAUAUCCAGGUAUCCCUCAUGUCUGCAAUCCCUUCUCAGGACCACCAAAUUAUCAAUAUCUGACAGGCUACUGCCCUGAUGACACUAUUCGAAUCGGUGACAUCCCUAAGGUAUUGAAGGUAUUUACUUGUUCUGAUGCCAACAAUGGAAGCUGUGGUGAAGGGUUGUUCAUAACAAGCAAUGAGUACAAAACUGUAGAGGCAUACACACAUUCAAUUCAGAAGCUGCUAAAUGUGUAUCCUGACAUGGAAAAUCUGAUAGAAUGUGAGUCAGUGAAGGAUGCAUUUUCUGAAAUUCUUGUCAAACACUGCAAUCCAUUGAAGAGAAAUGUCCAUUUGGUAUGGUCAGGGCUGGUUUUUCUCUCCAUUAUUAUGGUGUUUCUGGUUCUGAUUUGGACCGACCAAGCCCAUCAUCGCCAAGAGCUUCAUACUUCAGAUGGUUCUAUAGAACUCCAUUCUGAAACUCCAACUGUUUUCAAAUCUGAAGCCACCAAAGAAGGUUCAGAAGAUCACCAAAUCAUAGUGUAGUGCAGAAACUAGCACCCCGGCAACAUUAUAAUUGACCUAAUAACGUUGCUGAGUCGGUGUCAUAAUAAGAUUUAUCCAUAAGAGUAUACGAGAUUGGAGGUCAAACAAGCUAGCGGCUUCCAAUGGAAUAGGAAAUUAUACAGGAAAGUGACACAGAGAGAGAUCAAGAAGAUACAUAGGGACAGAUUAAGUUCUCUAAAAAGAGGAUCAAUAAGUUUGAUGUCAUUUUUUGUGCAAUUGUACAGAAAAAAGUUAAUGAAAAUCAUUGUAAUGCCAAAUCUGGGGACCAACCCAGAAACGGAAUCCAAAGAAAAUUUUCAAGCAAUAAUAUCUUCUCCAAUUAUUUGA